AGACAAAAAUUCCUCAGUUUUCAAGUUAAGUUUUGACAGACUAAACACAAUGCUUCAAGACAAAGCCUGGGAACUUUUACAUGUCUCGCUGUGGUCUUUAAUGGCUUACCAUUGCUUAUUUUUAAAAACAUCUUAUUAUUGCACAUCCUAUUUAUGGAAGACAGAUAGAUUGGCUCUAAAAUGAAAUGUGAAAAGUUAAAAUAACACUUCAAAGCUACUCUUUGGAAGACAGAAAUAUAUCGAGAGAUGGACUGAAAAUGAAUUAAGUGUGAAGAUGUUUCCCUCAAAUACUCCAAGGCCAUAUCAAACAUAUCAAAAAUGAAGUAAUUAUGGAUUGAGUUUGAUCUUAUAUUGCUUCUUGUGAUCAUGGGUUAAGGUUAGGGUGAUGUAUUGUCUGGGUAGCUUAUAACAGACAAAUAUUGUCAAUAUUCAUCCUAUAAUGAACUCGAACUAUUAUAGAUCUGCCUUAAAGGCAAUUAAAUAUUUGGCCAUUUGAAAAAUCAUCAAAAUGGAAAAAGUGUUUGGAGAAUAUAAGUUAAAACAGGGAGAGUUGUGCACAUUUUGUGACUUAUUUUACAUUCAGACACAAUAUUUCAAUAGAUAUUCCCCUUGGAUUUCCAUACCUCCACAUGGGAAUUUAAAGUCUCUAAUGCUUUUAUGUUUCUGCAUAUCCACAGCCGAGGCAGCUCCUGACAAUACAGACAACAAGGAUAUCCCGUUCCCACGAUCCCAAAAGCACUCACCUUGCACAGGUGAGCUACGGGAAUAUACUGGAGGUUAUAUGACUGACAGCUGGAAACCAAACAUUCGUGUCUGAAUCCCGCUUGCUCCUCCCUUAUGGGGCCCUCGGCGGCCAAUAGCGUGGCUCUCCUGUAGAUAGACCCCAGUGUGUCUCCUUCCAGCCCCAGUCCCCGCAGAGUAAAAGUCACGUUGGAAGGAAAAGGGGAGAGAGAUAUCUACUUACAGCUGCUGUCAGAUAUCCGAUCGCAUUCGCAUGGCGAGGAGGUAACCUGAUCGAGCUGGGAGGAGUGACUAUACCAGGGAAGGCUUGAACAAAAAAAAAUGUCUUCUUCUUCUGCCGGAGAAGUCACAACAGCUAAUGACAUCAAGAGGGAAAAUGUGAAGGAAGUGGAUAAGCGGGAGUGCAUCAAGCUUGUGGCGCUGGACGCGGCGGAGUUGUCCAUGGAGCGCACGACUCCCAGUACGGACGCGGUGCGCACGGAGCUGUUGGUGAGCGCCGCUUCCUCUCUGGCUUUCUCCCCGGAGCAAGUGGCGUGUGUCUGCGAGGCUUUGCAGCAAGGAGGCAAUGUGGACCGGCUGGCCAGGUUCCUGUGGUCCCUACCACAGAGUGACCUGCUACGCGGCAACGAAAGCAUCCUAAAAGCCCAAGCCCUCGUUGCUUUCCACCAGGCUCGGUAUCAGGAGCUGUACAGUAUUUUGGAGAACCACAGUUUCAGCCCGUCCAACCACACCUUUCUGCAAGAUCUCUGGUACAAGGCCCGGUACACCGAAGCGGAGAAGGCGCGGGGGAGACCCCUGGGCGCCGUGGACAAGUACCGGAUCCGGAGAAAGUACCCUCUCCCCAGGACUAUCUGGGACGGCGAGGAGACUGUUUAUUGUUUCAAGGAGAGGUCCCGAAACGCGCUGAAGGAUCUGUAUAAUCAGAAUAGGUACCCCUCUCCUGCCGAGAAAAGAAAUCUCGCCAAGAUUACAGGACUCUCCUUGACCCAGGUCAGCAACUGGUUUAAAAACAGGAGACAGAGAGACAGAAACCCGUCCGAGGCACAAUCAAAAAGUGAAUCUGAUGGAAACCACAGCACAGAGGAUGAGUCAAGCAAAGGUCAGGAAGAGUUGUCUCCCCGGCCCCUCUCUAACUCCUCAGAUGGGGUGAUCACCCAUGGGACCCUUCCCAUUCAAACAGGGCCUCUGGACAGUGGGGUGGUCAUCCAGCAGAUUGGGGACAUCAAGAUGCCCCCCGGUUCCAGCAGUGGCGGGCUCUACAAUGGCAGUCUAGUAACAAGUAACACCUCCUCCACUGUGUUUCACAAUGGUGGCUCGUCUUACCUCCACACACCCGGAAACAUCCUCUUCAACGGGCUCAAUUUGGGCAUCCAGCCCUUGGCCUUCAACCCUCUGAGGCCGUCUGGUGGGGUGCUGCUGGGGGGCUCCGGAGUGGACAUGCAGAUGCAGUCGGGACAAGAGAAGGGACUGGGCAGUUCUGCUGAGGACUCGGCCCUGCAGUACGCCUCCUACUCCGGCUGUGCGAACGGGGCAGAGGUGAAGCUGGAGGGCGUUCACACCAUGGCCGCCCAGAACGGGGGCUCCUCCGUCCUGACGUUCAGCUCCUCGUCAGGUGCGCUCCAGCUGGGCGGCUACAGCCUGGUGCAGGUUCCGAGUGGAGUCUCUGACGGUGAUGGCAGCUCAUUACUCAACAGCGACGUAGGUCUUCCUCCCCUGCAGCUCUCCUCUUCGUCUUCUUCCUCAACAAUAACUCCAGGUACCAUGUCUCUGAACAAUGUAGCAGUGAGCUCCUCCAGCGAUGACUCGUUCCAGCAGCAGGACAAGCUGACCAUGUCGUCCUUGCACCACAGCACAGUCCUCUACAGCAUGAGCAACGUCGGCCAGCCGUCCAUCAAGAAGGAGCCUCUGGAGAGAGGCGUCUACUCCUCAUACCACCACGGACUCCACCUGGACCCCAGCGGUCAGAUCAGCUACACCACCCCCAACUCUGAAGAGAUUCCCUCCAGCCAAGGUCCCGUCUCAGCCACAGAGGUCCCCGCCAUCACAUCGUCCAGCCCCGAGCCUGAGGUCUACACCACCCUCACCGUCAGCACGCCCCUGAUGGCCCAAACGGACCCGAGCAGCCACCACCACCUCCAGCCCACGGAGUACCUUGGGGGCCACGAGGUCAGGGGGGGCCACCUGAUGGGCCCCGGCAUGAACAGCGAAUACAUGAACCUGUCGGAGAGCAAGGUGGACGGCUCGGGCUCAGGAGGAGGCGUGAACGAGAUGGUGCGGGCGAUGUGCGGGGAGAUGGAGGCUGUGGAGGGGAAGGAGCUAGCCAAACUACAGACAGUGCAGAUGGAUGAGGACAUGGCUGACCUUUAACCUCAAUCUCCUCGCAGAAGCACUCAUGUCCGCCCAAGCAGUAACAUGGUGAAACUUUUUACUUUUGUGUGUGCGUGUGCGUGUGUGUGUGUGUGGUUUUUUUUUUACCAUUCAUUUCCUUUAAAUGUUAAAUUAUUUGCAAAUAUUGUGUUAAUUUGACUUUUACAAUGCACUCUACUCAGAGAGAAGCCCUGCGAGAGGGCAUUAUCAUUUUAUCAAAAAAAAAAUUUUAAAAAUAUUUUAAAAGCCCCGUUCGUAAGAUGAAACAUUACAACUGUUUCGUGCUAACAGAAGAAGUCGCUGUAUAUUGUUUGAGCCAUGUUUAAAUGUGCAUUUUUUAUAGACAGCACCUGCUACUUCCUGUUGAGUGGAUUUGAUCUGCAGAAGCAGGUGCUGGAAUGCCUCGAGUCACGUGACCAGGAUGUUCCUCCAAAACUAAAUGCGUCAUCUGGGUCAAACCAAAAAGGUCAUUCAGUAGGGGGAAGAGGGAAAGCGUCUCUGUGAAAAUGGUCAGUUAAACAGCGACAGCUUUACUGAAGGACUGCACACACAUAGAGAAUAAACACACAAAGCUGCUGAUUUAAGAAAAAAAAAAGUGUCCUUCAGUGAGCACCUUAAAUUGUCUGGAUGCCUCGUAAAUCACUGCAAAACCCUGCAUUUAUGCUUUAUAUCAUACCAAAUAAACUAGGAGUGUUUUAGCUGAUAAUGGGACUAGAGUUAAUGUGCCUUUCUGCUACUUAAAAUAUACAAUGGCAUCAGUCUGUUUUGGCAUUUGCACUACCACAAUGACAUUACAAUGUACAUGUUUCAAACAGCCCUCGUGUUGUAGGGUUUGUCAGCGUGACACGCCUCAACAAAUGCACACUAUUUCAGCAAUGACUCCUAUUUCAAGCCUCAUCGUCGACUGUGAGACCAAGAUAUGAAUGAUGAUCAAAAGGUCACACAUGCUGUUCAUCAUAUGUUGUUUAUAAUGCUGCAACUCAUAGUAUGUUAAUUAGACGUGACGAUACUAUACUAUAUCGUGUUUCAUUUUGACGUGUCUCUCCAAAUGUCAGUAAUCAUGGAUGAUAUUUUUCUAUAAAGACAGAUGCAAACAUCUAUGGUGUGUAUGCUUUUCAAAAUGUAUAAGGAACAAAGGGAUAGAAGUUACAAGUGACUAAGAGGAAUUUUUUUUUUUUAUGGUCCCACCUUUAAAACGGAGAGGGAUUGUCAUGAUUUCUCUUUGCAUGGCGUCAUAAUGUUUUGGACACUAGUGCCUUUUACUUUUGUUUUGUGAAUAACACUGAAAGGAAGCUCUGUUGUGGCUCUCACAUUGGUGUGUGUGCGUGCAGGCGGUAACAUCUCAGCUUCAGAGAUUUACCGCAGCCACCGCUGCCGCCGCCUUCACUGGCACAUUUGUUGGGUGUCAGAUGAGGGACAGACAAGAGAAUGUGGAGCCCAUUUGUCAAGUGUGUCCGGUGCUUUUCACAACGGGAGCCUAAUUCCUCGCUGUCAUACAUGACCAUAAUAGCACAUUUCAGCCUCACAGCCAACUCACACAUCUAUCAGUGGAUCACAAGCCUUCAUAGUAGACUUUUUCUUUGUCAGGAUUCAUGAAAUAAUCCCAUCAAUUUGAAAGGACAUUUCAGUGAAAUAAUCCUCAGUGCUUUAAUGUCAUAAACCAAAAGUGAGUGACGGGCAAAUAGUAAAACUGAUGUUUGUUUUGUUUUUUUUUAUCUUAGUUUGAAUUAUAUGUUUGUUAUCUGAAAUUAUGUGAAUGUAUUUUUCUAAAUCUCCAUACUGCAAUAAAAGUUUAUAUUUAUAAAAACAUAAAA